UCCCACGCACCAAAAGUUGUCUGCACUUGAAGUCCAGCUGUCCAUAUAAUGCUCACGUUUUACCAGGGCCCGUUACUCCUCCGGUCACAUCAACUUGCUGAUUGUUGAAACCUUCACAAUGUCCUACCUGUAUAUCCUACUCGUCUGCCUCCCGGCCUUGACCUUGGGUCAAGACAUGAGCGCAGCCAUCGCCAACAUCUUCUCCAACAUGGACUCGAACAAGGACGGUAACGUGCAGAGAUCUGAGAUGGCCGCAUACUUUACUGCUUUUGACACCAACCAUGACGGUCAAGUGUCCAGACACGAGUACAGCGUCUACGUCACCGACAUCUACGGCCACAGCCCCGAGCUCAACCACAUCCUCCACAGCCUGUUUGACGAACUCGACGUCAACAGCGACCAUCAUCUGGACGGUAUCGACUACGACAGAAACUUUGUCGCCGCCGAUACUGAUGGCAACAACUUGGUCAGUCCUGCCGAAUUUGAAAGGUUUUUCCUCCUUUUAGCGUCCAACGCAGGUGUGGGCAAGUAAAGACCACGUCAGGCUGAUACAUGUGUACAGUUACCUUUUGAUACCUGGGAUAUCUUGUGUUAAUAAAGAAACACACGACUUAAAAUGACUGUUUCGU